CGGAUAUGAAGUCUGUCCACCGCGUUAGGUAAGAGAGAGGGUCGACAAAACACUUUUGCCGUGUUUGAUACUUUAGCGCUUCGAAUCUAUCCAUUGGCGUUUGGUCGUAUUUGUUCCCCUUUCCCUGAAUUGUUUUAACAGUAUUCUGGGGUGCAAUGGACGACAGCAACGCAGUGAAGCUCUUUGUUGGGAAUCUGGAUUUGGAAACCACACAAGAUGACCUAAUAGCACUUUUUGCCCCUUAUGGAGAAGUGGUGCACAUAACUGUACUGAGGCAGUUUGCCUUUGUCCAUCUGCAGGGAGAAGGGGCUGCUGACCGUGCCAUCCGUGAUCUGAAUGGUCGAGAGUACCGUGGCCGGAGCCUUGUAGUUGAGGAGUCCAAAGGGAGGCCCCUCAAUUCCACCAAAGUAUUUGUGGGGAAUCUGUGUGCUUCCUGUUCAGUUGAAGACCUGUAUGAUCUCUUCUCUGCUUACGGCAAAGUUCUUGAUUGUGACAAAGUAAAGACAAAGCUCUCCUCUUUAACAGGCUACGCCUUUGUGCACAUGGAGCGCAAAGAGGAUGCAGAACAAGCCAUUGAAGGUCUUCACGGGACCUCGUUUAUGGGACGUCCACUCGCAGUGGAGCUCUCCAAGGUACAGCAGACCACAAACAAGGUCCCGUGUGCCAGCUGUGGUGCUCAUGGCCACUUUGCAGGAGAAUGCCCGAUCAACAGGCCUCCCAUGGAGCACCACCAGAGUCAGGCUGCCGUAUUAGCUGCAGCUGCUGCUGCCGCUGCUGGGCUUCCUCUUCAGGUGCAGCAGAGUGUCCACAACUCUUUCUACAACACUGCUAGCACUGACCCGACGUUUGCGGCUCUGAAAGACUUGACCACUUCCAGGGUUGAUGGCAAACCUGUCAGUGCUGCAGUCUACGGUGCCCUGGCAAGUCAAGUAUAUAGUGCUGUCGCAGACCAGGUGCUCAGCUCGACGACAAGCCAGGCUGCGGACGGCUAUCCCACUGAAGGAGAGGCUCCUCCGGGCGCUGCCGCAGUUAACCCUGCCUACGGAGCAAAUUCCUCUCUGUACGGUGCCAGUCCAGCUUAUGGGACCAUGGGAGGUACUGAGCCUGACCCCCAAGCCAUUUUUGAAGCCGCUCGGGCCCGAUUCUUUGAGCAGGGACAACAAGUUCUGGCCGAACAGCAGGCUGUGACCAAAUCCGACCGAGACCGAAGUCCAAUACGGCGCUCGGCCCCAUUACUGCCUGACCCGGUUCCCCAGCCGUUCUCCCAGACACGACCCAAAAGACGGGCCCUGCUCCCAACACCACCUGGUGGUCCAGAACUACCUGCAGUUAAAAAUGGAGACCCAAUUGCAAGGUGUUAUGCAGAGUACUACCAACAGUACCAGCAGUACCAGCAGUACCAACAAUACCAGCAGUACCAGCAUUAUCAGCAGUACCAGUACAGCUAUCCGCCGCCGCCGCCGCCACCCCCUCCGAUGCCCAUGGUGCCUCCAGGCCCAAUGGAUGCGCAACAGAUGGCAGCCCCUGGCACCACAGCUUCACCAAGAGUGUAUGAGCCAACUUCACACAAGGAGCCCCUCCUACGCCGUCCUGAUUACUCUCACCAACACACAUCUGAGUCCCCAUAUCGAUAGCCCCUACCAUCUCACAUGAGUGUGUGCACACGUGUAUGGUUGUGAAAAUGUGUGCGUGCGUCAGUUUUGGUCCUACAUGACAAAAUAAACUGGAGGAAAGGGAUAAAUCAAAUUGUUACAGCUACAUCAAAUCUGGAUAUUUUAGUUUCGCAGUUAUUUUUCCCCCUCAUAAUGUCAAAUAUGUCAUUAUGUACAGAAUGUAGUAGUUUACAAGGCCAUUUUGAUUCUGAGCCCCUCUCGUUUUUUUUUUUUUCCCUUUUUUUUUUUUUUUUUUCUUCAAAGUGCUCAGAAUUACAUUAGCUAUCAAUUUUAUAGAUAAAAUACUUUGACCAUUGUGUCAGGUCAACAUUCUCUGAAGUCAAAUGACUGUGCCUUGUGAAAAUAAACUUUUUUUUUUUUCCCUCUUUUUUUUUUUUUGUACAGAAUUUUGUAAAACCGAGUACUUCAGAUUAAGGUACAGUUUUAUUAAAUUCAUAGUUCCGCAAAGGAGGAGCAAGCCUCAGUCAAAUACCUUAAUCCAAAUUGCUUUCAAUAUAUUGUAUUUGGCUCAGACUGAUGUUGAAUUUCCCAGCGACUAGGAAGACGGCGUAGUUUAGAUAGAAUAUACAGAGGACCUGUGUGAAGUCUGUGUGUGUGAGCGAAUGAGAACACAACGUUAACAGUUUGGUUGAUCCCUUAGCUUACAUGAGCACCACAAUCACAUACACAUCAUACUUAUUUCGUAUAGUCCUAUUUGAGUAAGGGUGGUGCAUAUGGACAUACUUAGGAGAAUCCAUACCAAACAAAUCCACAAACCUGUACUUAAACACUCUUUCCACUGCCUCACUAGUGCAGAUGGUUAAGCCUGCCCAGUUCGACAACAAUAAAACUGAUAUUAAAAUUGCCUGUCGCAAAAGAGAGGUAAGAAUAGAUUAACUGCAAAAGGGACACACUUAAUUUGUCACUCGAUAGGCAUAUUCAAUGUUCUAAAUGUUUUCCAUUCGGAUACCUCUAUUGACUCUGAAUGAGUUAGAGAUGUCGUCGUUGCUAAAUAGCAAACAGAACUGGUUCUAUAGCCUGCCAGUAGCAAUUAUGCAUGUUUUGCCGGAUUUAAAGAGCAAACGACUGCCAUCUCUGGCCUUGCAUCUUUCUCUUACAUGGACAGAAUACGUGGGAGUAUUGACUUAUGCGUACGGGUGGUAACCCCUUAAAUGACUUUAAAAGAGACUGAGGUUUUUACGUUCUUGUUUCCUUUGAAAGUAGCCCCAUGCAAUUACUAUUAUGUUUCUCUGACCAUUUAUUUUGUUCACAUUUACAUUAUCAUAGUCUCUUUAUUCUUAGUCAUGUGAAGUUAUUUCAGGGGCUUUGGGGUGGAAACACUUAGUUAUUUAGGGAUGGGGGUGUAAAAGUUGUUCAGACCUGACAUAUAGCUAGUUAAGGCAAUUGGUUAUAAGAAUGACAAAACAGUGAAGUGCUUCAUACAAUUGUAUUUUUGUUCUUAAGGAAACAAAUGUGCUGUCCCAGUUCAUGAGCAUUUUAGGCAAUUCAAUUAAACAUUCAUGUUAUAACAUUAUAAACUGAAAGUGUGUGAAUAAUUCAUCCAGGUUAAAGUCCAUGUGAUUAGUGCCAGAGGUUUCGAACUUUUGUAAGGUUUAUGAAGGGAAUCUACCCAAAACUUCAUACCAUCUACAAUGGAUUUUUUUUUUUUUUUUUUUUUUGCUUAAAUUUCAAAGUGAUCAAGAUGUUAUGACAGUUGAGUAGCUUCCCUUCAGAUACAAUAAAAGUGAAUAAUGAUUGAAAUUGGAAGGCAUGAUAAAAAAAGAAUGGUUUGUUUAAUCAUGUUAUGUAUGUCCUCUUUUCCUAGAAUGCCCCUCAGGCAGUCUUCAGUCUUUCAUUCCAAAGAAAUAUGGUGGGGUACACACACAAAUCUCACUUAGCACACGUUACCCAUAAUCUCACCACUCUACAUUCGACUUAAUCCAUUUGAUUAAACUUCACAGGCAAACAUUCACUGUAGUGUUAAUGUUCUCAAUUUGAUGUAUGAUAGAAUGGAGAUGGAAAGGUGGUAGCGGUGUAGCUUUUUGCAGCACACCAGGGCUCCACACAAAUUAUUCUACACAGUAAAUUGUCUGUUUUGUAUUAUUAUAAAUAGUGCAUGUCUCUUGUUAUUAUUACUGCUGUUCCAGCCACAUUUUCCCUUUUCGCUAACUACAGCUAAAAUGGCUCCCGGGCCUCAGGACGCCAAGUUGAGCAUGACGGGGGAAGAGAAUUAGCGCCCCACAAUGCCUCGGACGUGCUCCCCACAAAGGUAAAGCCAUUUGCCCCCAACCAUGCCUGCACCUCGAUUAUACACUUCCCCAUGAUUCUAACACACCUAUUAGAGAAGCUCAGAAUAGGUCCACAUCAGUUUGUACUGACAAUACAUUCAACACAAUGGGGAUGGCACAUCUUUUCUGCUAUGUGGUUGGAUCAGUGCCUAUUGAUGGGGAAUUGUUGUUGUUGUUUUUUUUUUCUCUAAGCCUGGAGCAGUAGAAUCAGCUCAUUUAGCUUCCCCAUAUGCUGAUGAUAUUGUGUCUGAAACAUAAUUACUUUUCUGGGUUAUUUGUUGGAUUUUUCAUAUCUAUAGAAUUAUACUUUUUGUCCUAAAUUCUCACGAUAAAAGGUUUUAGUGCCUUUGAGGUUUGUUUUCUGGCUGUAUGCUUUCAAGUUGAGCUGGAAAUCAAGUGUUUUCUCAAGCAGUUAGAGGGAAGAAUGGCUGACAUUUGCCUUGGCUUGUUCUCUGGCAUUUAGUCUUUUUGAAGCACUUCCAGUUGGCGAGAUGAGGCGCUCCAACUGUGUUUGAAUACUUAAGAAGGGUGCAGAGCUGUCCAAAAGUAGGGCAAUGAUCUCGUAGGUGAGUAACCAAUGCGUCCAGCUCACAUCCACCUCAACUUUUGUCUACCAACAUUUCAGAUCAUAGAACCCACUGCAACACACUGAUUUAAGUUUUAACUCCAAGAAAAGGGUUCUUGGUUCUGAUUACUUCUGCAAAUUGCAUCUGUUUUUCUCAGUUCUCUCAGGGUAAAGAUUGAGCAUGAUUUUGAAUGUCGUCCACAUACAGCAGGGAUGGGCAGCUUCAGUCCUGGAGGGCCACUGUACUGCAGAGUUUUGCUCCAAUCCUAAUCAAACACACCUGAACAAGCUAAUCAGUGUCUUUGGGAUCACUAGAAAGCUUAACUCAACUGCCGCCUUAUUAGGGUUGGAGCUAAACUCUGCAGGACAGUGGCCCUCCAGGACUGAAGUUACCAAUUCCUGACAUACAGGUUUAAAUAAGCAAGAACAACUUGUUUGGCUUAACAUAGGGACAGUCUGCUGCAAGUUUGUCGGGGGGGUGGGGGCCGGGGGAUCUAUUUUGUGGGUGUUUGAAAGCCCUUGGUAAAGGUAAGCCUAUUCUGUCACUUGAUACAAAACGUUUUCCUAUCUGAAAUCAACACUUUUUCGAAAUCAGUUUGUGCAUUCCUCUAAUUAUCAAAAAGGCUUUAACCUCAAAUCAUUCAGAUUUUAGAACUGAACACUUUACAAUUAUGCUUAUUGAUUUUCUGUCUUUCACAACCUUCCUAUGACUUAAAGCUUCUCCUCUGAUUUAGAGGUGCUUUGAAAAGCUGGGCAGUGGAGCAUUGUCUGUUGAUAAAUUAUGAUUGUAGAUAAUUGAGAACUGUAAUACUCAGUGAUUCAGGGAAGUUCAAGUAUCAUUAAAAAAUUUUCUAAGUCUGAAUGGGCAAAUUUCAUUGUGGUCUAUGUAAUUGUCUUAAUCUGAAUCCUAACGUUUUUUAUUUGCAAACUGGCUUCAGUGCCAUGAUCUUUGUAAUUUCUUCUUGUAAAGUUCAAUAAAUGAUGCUUAAAUCGUA